AUGUUGGAUGGUGUUGCUGGCAUUGGGCCUGGUUAUAAAGGUCCUUCUUAUGAUACAUUGAGGGUUAACUUAUUAACCAAUCUCAAAAGGGAGUGUCAAAUGGUUGUUGAUAGCUAUAGGUCUGCUUGGAGAGAUACUGGAUGGUUGUGCUUUGUGAAAUCUAUAGAUGCCUCAAGUAUGGUUAAAAAUGCUUCAAGCUUGUGUGACUUGUUUUCAGAGGUGAUUGAAUGGAUUGGACCUGAUAAUAUUGUUCAUGUAGUGACAGAUAAUGCCAGGAAUUAUGUUGCUGCUGAUAUAAGCAGCAUGCCACAUAUUUCUAACCUUGCAACACGUGCUUCGAAGAUUACCGUGUUUAUGUAUAAUCAUACAAUGUUCUUGUCUUGGCUAAGACAAAGAACUGAUUGGAGGGAGAUUGUUCGUCCAGGUGCAACUCAUUUUUCCUCUAUCUUCCUCACAUUGAUGAGUAUCUUUGAGCGCAAAUCGGAUUUACAAUCAUUGGUUGUUGAUACACACUUUACCGGACACAAAUUAGGAAGGAAUGCUAAUGGUAGAGCUGUAAGUGCAAUUAUCUUAGACAAUAAAUUUUGGGAUGAUUGUUUUACUGCAUGCCAAAUUGUGAGUCCGUUGAUUAAAUUGCUGAGGUUGGUAGAUGCCGAUGAUAAACCAUCAUUGGAAAUUGUUUAUGAAGGCAUGCUGAGGUCAGAAAAUGGAAUCAAAGAAAUGUUCAAGCAUAGGAAGACUGCAUAUCAACCUUACACAGAGAUUAUCAACUCAAGAUGGGACAAACACUUGAAAAAAAGUCUUCACGCAGUAGCUUAUUUCUUGAAUCCUGCUUGCUUUUUUUCUAAAAAUUAUAGAGAAGCACCUGAUGACAUGCGAGCUUUACUUGAUCUUGUUACAUUGCAUUGCAAGGUUAAUAAUUUAGAUUCAGUUGAGGCAAUAAAAGAAAUACACUUAUAUAGAGAUUGA